UAUGGACCAUACAGCGACAAACUUGUCAACGGUCGGAUAGCACCAGUAGUCGGACCUACUGAUAGUACUCGCGUAGCUGGUGGUGGUGGGGUCCCGCUGAUCGCGUGGUUACUGCCACUACUACUGCUGCUGCUCCCUCUCCUGCUACUGCUGCUAUUUUGCUGCUGCUGCAAAGGAUGGUGUGCCGGAAAGAAAAAGGAAAAGGCCUUAGGAAAAGGACAAGUGCUCUCAAAUUUAACACCAAUGAGCCGGGUUCACCAGGAGAUGCUGCGGACCUACCGGACCACCAUCGUGGAUAACAUGAAGGUGCCUGGCAAGGUCACGGCGCGCAUGGCGAAUGAAAAGGUCAUUAACGCCAACAUGGUGCAUGCCAUAGCGAGCCACCCCGUGCGCCAGGACAAGAGUAAGAAGCUCCUGGACAGCAUGGUCCUGGGAGGGGACAAAUCCUUUGACAGCUUCUGUGGGGGUCUCAGGAAGGACGAGAAGCUGAACUGGCUGGCAGACACGCUGGAGGGCCAAGGGUUAUCCAUGGACAAUCGUAAAAGGCUGGAGGCUCACAAGGGGCUGCUGGCAAACAAGAUGGACCCGGAGUCAACUCUGAACUACCUGACACAAAACCAGAUCUACAGUAACGACAUGGCGGAGUACUGCAUGCAGGGAAGCUCUACCGAGGAGCAGAACAACCGCAUCCUCCACCUGAUGCAGUCUCGUAGCGAUGAAGACUUCAGUAUCUUCUGUUCUGGACUGAGGGCUAAUGGACAACAGGCCCAUCUUGCUGACCUUCUGCAAGGAGAAGGAAUUGAUAUGACCAGAAAAGAGUUGAUUAUGGAAGAUGAGACUGUGAUGAAGAUGAGUAGGAAGGAGGGUGUGAGCCUGAACCAGUCCAGUGCCGGGUUCGGACUGGGUGCGGCAGGGGCUGGACUGGGUGCGGCAGGGGUUGGACUAGGCACCGCCGCUGCUGGCCUGGCUGCCGCCAAAGGAGGUAUGGGCACCGGUGGGGCUCACCUGACAACCCAGAGCACCUCCGCAUCAGGGAUGAAAUCUGCUGGAGCAUUUGGAGCUGACCUGGGGCUCGGGAGUUCAGCCGGACAUGGACUCCAAGCAGACGGUUCCUUCAAGGGACAUCAUCUAAAUGGAGCCGUUGUCAGGGGUGCGGGCCAGAGGUACCUGAUUGACGCCACCGCCCCACAGGGCAGCCUGAUGUCUGCCUCCUCCACCGUGGUUGCUCCCGGUCAACCUGUCAUUCUAGAGGUCAGAGGAGAAGUUGACCAGGUUGAGUGGCUUUACAACGGGUCCGUCAUCAAAGGCGACCCAGGCAUCACCACAAAUUCGGACGGCUUCCUACACGAGCUGCACAUCGACCGCAUGUCUCCUGAACGGGACGGCACCUACACCUGCAGGGGAGAGACGCCCGACGGAGGGGCGGUGGCCUGUGACAUCAAGGUCCAGACCCUAAUUUGAUGAUACUUGAGGAUAGCUGCAACCUCCUGUAGUCGAUUGUGAAUUGUCCUCAGAUGCCUUUUCUAUACAACUUUGAGUUAUGCUAAAACUGCUGUGUUGCAAGGGGUUAAGUCUUGAAAAUACGCAAUAUAGUGUAUAGUAUUGUUUAUGAUUAGUUGAAUAUUAUCUGCCAGAAUUAGAUAUAUAAUAGAUAAAUGAUAAAAUAUGACAAGAGUGAGUCAUGGAAGCUCAUAUGAAUUGAUAAGAUAUAUUUUGAGUGAAAUGUACAGAUAUCACUUUCAUUUCGGAGACCCUAACAAAUCUGGAAAUGAACAAAAUGAAGAGGCUACCAUGUGCUACUGGUGCUGAAAAAUCCUUCCGUGUCUUAAAGGUAGUAGCAGCUAUGUUUAUGUAGAAGGGGUUUGCGCAGAGGUAGAUCUUUGGGCGCAGGCGCUGAUAGAUGGAUUUCUAGAAUAGCCACGACCCUACACUGGGUCAAAAUAGCAGGAUGUCAGGAUAUCACAAAAAAUUCAAUAUGAGGCAUUAUAUUGUUGGUUUCAUAUCUUGUAUCAUUGUUGCUGAAAUUAGAAGUAAUGAGUCAUCAUUUCAAUGCCAGAAAUUGGUUACAUCAUUUUAUCUUAUUCUGUUUAUAGACAAACGAUAUAUGACUAAAGAAUAUUUCACUAAUGCAUAUUUCCAUCUCUCUGGCCAUGGGCCAUUGAAACUCUUUUCCUGUGACUGCUAUAAGAUAAAUACAUGUAUGCAAAAUAAUUAGAAUCUUAGAUUAUGUUACUGGAUCAUCUUAGGCUUUA